CUUUCUUAAAUUUUAUCUUAGGUGCUCAAGCGUGUCCGAAUUCUUCGCUAGUCAACCUCGUGACUCGUGACUUACACAACCUCUAUUCCAACAUCUUAGAGUUAACUAUUUGUUUGUUUAAGAGAAAGCCAGGAAACACCAAUGAAAAUGAAGGGGGACCUGCUCCUCCCAACGCCGCCCCCUACUUUCACUAAGAGAAAAACCCGGAUCCUGGAGCAGUUAGCCCGCCCGGAUGACGAAUACACGGAUGCUUCGCCCAAAGGGUCCGUGGACGCGGGGAUUCGCGAAUUGAUUGGUGAAGUUAAUGGGUUGGAUGGAUUUGUUACGACGAGUAGUUGUGCGGGGAGGGUGAGCGUGUUUCUGGAGGGAAGCAAGAAGGCUGUUGUUACAGCUGGUGAGGAGUACGGGGAAGAAGGAGAUGGAGUCGAUGAUGACGACGACGAUGAUUCUGGGAAAACCGAGGUUAGGAAACUUGCGGGUGUAGGUGGGAAGGGCGGUGGGGGUGCGUGGUUAUUUGUCUCGCAUGAUCCGGUUCCGUUGAGACAGGGCGAAGGGAAUGAUGAUGAUGUGGAGGAGAUGCUGGGGUUGAGGAGAAGUCCUGAGGAGGGAGACGAGGCUGGGGAAAUACGGGUGGAUGAUUCUGUUCGGGAUGUCGCUGCUGCGAGACUUGUCCACUUCAAGUUCGAGCCUAUGAUUCUCCACGUCUUGACCGCUUCGCCGGAGCACGCGCAGCUACUCCUCCGGUGCGGCCUGCAGGCCGGGUUCAGGGAGAGCGGUGCCGUGAGUCUGACCCCGGCUGCCGGAGAGCAGCACGCCACUCCUAUAGUUGCGAUCCGGUCUAUGGGUCUCACGUUCGAGUCCUUGAUCGGAUAUCAUCAAUCCGGGGGUAAUAACGGCGGGGGGCUACACUGCGCCGUGCCGCCGGCUUAUCUACGGACGCUGCUCCGCAUAGCCAACGAGCGGUUCGUCGAGAAUACGAAGAGGAUCGAUAGGUUCCGGGCCGCGCUUGCGGAGGCGACAACGAAGCCGGUGAGUGGGAGCGGGAGCGGGUGGGAAGACGCGCAGGUCCGGCGGGAGAGAAAGAAAGCCGAGGGUCUGAAGAGGAGAGAAGAGCUGCGCAGAGAGAAACAGAAGCAGAAUAGUGAUACUGCAGCUGUAGAAGACUCGACUUUAGAAGCCUCCUUAAAUACAGAGUUCACAUAAAUAAAUAAUAGCACUCAAC